AGGUGAUGGACACGCAGCAGGGUUGCAGGGAGAGCUUUGAGCUGGUGGCGCUGGGCACUGGCGAUACCUGCUACGGUGGCUGGCUGGAUUUCAGAGGCUGGCGGCUCCAGGACAUGCAAGGCCUGGUGGUGGCUCGCCGGGCACUGCAGAGGUACCUGUACAAACAGCUGCUGCUGUGGUGCAGCGUGAAGGAGCCGGUGGACCGGGAGAAAUGCAUCUUCCAGCCCUCAGCAGAGCAGGGGCUACUGGCCCUCAAACCGAAGGUCUUUGUGCACCUGUAUCUGAGCUGCGUGCCCACAGGGGCCUCUGAGAACUUCCUCAUCCCGUUCCCUGGGAGGAAGCCCUCAGGCAGCCUCUACGUCCAUGCCAAGGGCGAGCUGAUGCCCGUCCCCAGCUGUCCCGCAAGCCUGCUGGCCGCCUGCGUCUGCUGCGCCUCCGGCAGCGACAAGCUGAGCCGCUGGAGCGUGCUGGGCCUGCAGGGGGCGCUCCUCAGCCACUUCAUGGAGCCGCUGUACCUCUCCAGCAUCAUCCUAGCUCAGCGCCGGGCAGAGGCUGAGCAUCACUGGUGCCGCGGGUACGCAGCCCCAGAGCUGGGUGGACGCACCAUGGGCUGCUGUGCCAAA